AUGUCUGAUACAAUUCCCUCUGCAAGCGCUGGCCAAGACACCGUCGAGAACCCAAUUCCCUCAAACGCCGAAGACCGAAAAGCCGCCGCCGCUCUAUCCUCCCUCAACACAAAUGAAAUCGCAACAGAGGGUGCCUCAGCCGGAGCACCGCUUACUGUAAACCAAGAGGCUCUAGGGAGGGCUAUGAGUCGGCUUGAGAUAGCUGCUGGACAAGACUCGGGCAACAAGAAGACAGCUGAGGGACCGAAGACUGACGAGACGCUGAAAAAGAAGACAGUUAAGGUUGCUCCAGCUGAUGUUACACUGCUGGUUGACCACCUUGAUUUAAGUAAGACCAAGGCCACGGAGUUGCUCAAGGCUCAUGAUGGAGAUGUCACUCAGGCAAUGAAGGCAUUCAUUGCCCCAUCUAUGCGGGUAUGA